AUGCAUCCCCAUAAAGGUGCCUGUUGGAAUAACACUGAUGCACCAUUACUCGCAACCACUAACAGUUGGGAGUCUUUCACUGCCAAGGCCAAGGCUGAGCCUCCAGCUAAUAGAAAACACACAUCCCAUGGAAUUAGCAGACCAGGAACAGCAUAUAGGGCUACCAACGGCACCAAUGCUGAUAACGAUACAUCACCGAAUAGGAGUACUGUGAACGACGAGUAA